CAACAACAGCAUACGCACCCCACCUCCGCCGGUCCCCAAUCCCAUGAUGGGAGACAUGCAUCAAAUGAGCUCCAUAGACAUUGACCGAGAAUUUGUAAUCGAGGCCGUCCCGCUCACGCGCGAAGCCUUUGCGCCUUUCGGAGACGUGGUCGAGAACCCGCGGCCCGAUCUUCACCCCUCGCGCGCCGAUCCGGCGUCGUCGGCUCUCCCCUUCAACGCCGUUGUCGCCAACCAAGGUUCUGCCAUUAAAUACCAGCAUGUCUCACGGCAGGUGAACCUCUACGACCAGGCCCCGAGCGGCCGCCCCGGGUCCGCCAUCAUGAGCAUCUUUGUCUGCGCCGCCCGCGCCCGCAUUCCGGACCCACCUCCGGCCCCGGGCGUCGGUCCGGUCCGCAACACUGUCCCGGAGCUUCAACUGCCGUCCAUAUUCCCCGUCGCCGUCCUCGAGCGCCACCCAUACACCACCCAGACUUUCAUUCCCCUCACAUCCGAUCCCGCAGCGCACUAUCUCGUUAUCGUGGCCCCCUCCCUCCCAGCCACCCCCGCCGAGGCUCCGAGCGGGGAGGCACUGCCGGUGCCGGCCAGCCUCCCGCCUGCUACGGGCUACCCUCGCACGCUACCAGGCAGCGGCAUGCCCGACCUGUGCCGGCUGCGCGCGUUUGUGGCUAACGGGACGCAGGCCGUCACCUACGGCGCCGGGACGUGGCAUGCCCCCAUGGUGGCCCUGGGUGAGCCCGGGACGGCUCUAGACUUCGUCGUGGUGCAGUUUGCAAAUGGAGUCGGCAUUGAGGACUGCCAGGAGGUCUUUCUAAACGGGGCUGGGGUCGGCACCGGCACAGAUGCAGACGCAGGGCGCAAGGGGAAGAUUUCGGUUGCGCUCAGACCGCUGUCGGGGAGUGAAGGGAGAACAGGGGCCAGGGCCAAGUUGUGAGCCUCCUGCUCGGUGGGUGGCUGCAUCCCAUUCUACAUCCUCGGACAACCGCGAAUGGAAGGUCACUGUCAAUCAAGGAGGCCUGGAGCUUUCCC